GAAUUUUUUUUCCCCCUCACUCUUCUCCAGCAACAAAGACCAGGAUGGAAAAGUCAUUGUGCAUGCUGCCUGCAGUGCUUUUUCUGGGACUUUUGACACACGGUGCUGCAGCACUGAUAAACACCCCAGCACCGACUAAGAGUUAUGCAUUAAUUGACUACACAACAACAAGGCCAACUGUGAAUUGGACCGAGGCUGUGACUGUCAAGGGCGAGAGCAGGGACGGAACGACUCCAGCAACAGCAGAGCCAGACAUUUUCACCACCACUGUCAGAGACAAACAGCUGGACACCACGGACACCAGCAAAGAAAGAAACAAGAAAGAGAAAGACCCAAGAGACCGCAAGACUGAAGAUGACAAAUCAAAACUGGACUGUCCUCCCCUCGGCCUGGAGUCCCUGCGAGUUGAUGACAGCCAGAUUCAAGCUUCGUCCUACCAGCGGUCGGGGCUGGGUCCUCACAGGGGGAGGCUGAAUAUCCAGUCUGGCAUUGAGGAUGGAGAUCUGUAUGAUGGAGCUUGGUGUGCCGAGUAUAAGGACCGGCACCAGUGGCUCGAGGUGGAUGCCCUUCAUCUUACUCUGUUUACUGGAGUCAUUCUGCAAGGGCGAAACUCCAUCUGGAGUUGGGACUGGGUCGAAACCUACAAAGUUCAGCUGAGUAAUGACUCUGUAACCUGGCAUACCUCCAUGAAUGGGACGCAGGAAGCGCUAUUUGAAGGAAACCAGAAUCCUGAGACGCCGGUUCUUGGGCUCCUUCCUGUUCCCACCGUUGCCCGUUUCAUCCGCAUCAACCCACAGACCUGGUACUCCAACGGGACCGUCUGCCUCAGGGCUGAGAUACUUGGCUGCCGUGUUCACGAUCCAUCUGACAUUUACUCAGCGCAUGAAUCAGGAUCCAAGGAUGCUCUGGACUUUAGACACCACAACUACAAAGAGAUGAGAAAGCUCAUGAAGUCUGUGACGGAGGAGUGUCCCGACAUCACCCGCGUCUACACUAUAGGGAGGAGCUACAUGGGCCUCAAACUCUAUGUUAUGGAGAUCUCAGAUAACCCGGGCAAACACGAACUCGGGGAACCUGAGUUUCGCUACGUGGCAGGGAUGCAUGGAAAUGAAGCUCUUGGUCGAGAGCUUGUCCUAAACCUCAUGCAGUAUAUGUGCAAAGAAUACAAAAAGGGCAACCAGCGUAUCGUACGGCUGGUCACCGAGACGCGAAUCCACCUCCUGCCCUCCAUGAACCCAGAUGGAUAUGAAGAGGCUUAUGUGAAGGGUUCAGAACUGUCUGGAUGGGCUGAGGGACGAUACAGCUUUGAAGGAAUCGACCUGAAUCAUAACUUCCCAGACCUGAACAACAUUAUGUGGGACACCCAAGAAAAAGCAGCAGAUAAAUCCAAAGUGCCCAACCACUACAUCCCCAUCCCAGAAUACUACACCAAAGAAGACGCCACAGUUGCACCAGAGACACGUGCGGUCAUCAGCUGGAUGCAAGACAUUCCCUUUGUGCUCAGCGCCAACCUCCAUGGUGGAGAGCUUGUUGUUACCUAUCCCUUCGACUGCACCCGUGACUGGGCGCCACAGGAAGACACUCCAACAGCAGACAAUGCCUUCUUUCGCUGGCUGGCCUCGGUCUAUGCCUCGACUAACCUGGUGAUGGCUAACCCGGACCGACGUAUCUGCCACUACGAGGAAUUUCAGUCACACAACAACAUCAUCAAUGGCGGAGCCUGGCACACGGUUCCCGGCAGUAUGAACGACUUCAGUUACCUGCACACCAACUGCUUCGAGGUGACCGUGGAGCUGUCCUGUGAUAAGUUUCCUCAUGUUAGUGAACUCCCCAUCGAGUGGGAGAACAAUAAGGAGUCUCUGCUGGUUUACAUGGAGCAGGUUCACAGAGGCAUCAAAGGUGUGGUCAGGGACAAGCUCACCAAAAAAGGAAUAGCAGAUGCUAUAAUCAAGGUGGAGGACCACGACCAUGACAUCCGAUCAGCCGCUGAUGGGGACUACUGGCGUCUUCUGAAUCCAGGCGAGUACAAGGUGAUCGUUUGGGCCGUGGGUUACUUCCCAUCCAUGCGUCGGUGCAAUGUCGGCAUGGAACCAAAUCCCACCAUCUGUGACUUCAUCCUCACCAAAACACCCAUCCAGAGGUUGAAGGAGAUCAGGGCCAAAGGGGAGAAGAUCCCGCAGGAUCUUCAGCUGCGUCUUCGUGCUCUGAGGCUCCGAAAGUUACGGGCUAGCACCAAGGCCAUCAACCGCCGCAGGGAGGGUCAGCGGAUGAGAAAAGCUCGGUCUUCUCAAGCCUGGAAAGCAUGAGAGGAGAUGGGACAACGGGUUGAUGAACUGUCCGCUGGGAAAAAUUACAUUUCUGCUGUUAAAGGAGCUCACCUGGUUAACAAAAAGUAUUUCUCAAAUAUCAAAGCAUGCAGACCAUUUUAUGUCUCUGACACUGUUCUCAGUUUGGGGACCCUUCAGGCUACGACAGGCACACAAACUCUUAGAGACAAUGUAAUUGCAGAAGGUUUUUAAAUUGGUUCAAGUAUCCUUAAAAGUUACGCAAAAGAGUUCCUAAAUUGUGAAUUUACUGUUUUUUUUUCUUUUGUACAUUAAUUAAGGUGAGGAUUUCAGUGUCAGCUGGCCUGAUGUCAUACUUUUUUCUAAAAGUGUUUUUUUAUUUUAGUUUGGUUGUCUGACUAAAGUCCAACUGGACCAAUAAAGUUAAAUAACUGUGUUA